AUGAAAGUCAAGAUGAGGCUGCGGUUGUUGGCUGGAAACCUUCAUCUUGUUGAUGUCCGUUUCACCGAAGUUCUUGAGGAUGAGUGGAAAGCCCACAGCGCUGACCGUUAUGUUCACCCAAGCGUAUACUUUUUGUAUCCCGACUUGAUUGUGUCACCUUCGGUCUCAGGUCCCCCCGCACCACCCUUUCCCCGGGCUCGGACCACUAGCUUUUCUCAACCGGAGCAAAGACCCCGUUAUCCUUGA